UUUCCCAGCUGUAUAGGUGUCAGAAAUCCAAAAUCAUCACACCUACGCAGCUGAAGAACGAUAAGCUUACCGCAAUGGCACCCACAAAAAAGUCCAAGGCCGCCAAGAAUACCGAAUCCAUUACUGCCAGACUUGGUCUUGUCGUCAAGUCCGGUAAGUACACUCUUGGAUACAAGUCGGCUCUCAAGCAGAUGCGUAAUGGCAAAGCCAAGCUCGUCCUAAUCGCUGGAAAUUGUCCUCCUCUCCGAAAGUCUGAGCUCGAGUAUUACGCUAUGCUUUCAAAAACCCAGGUGCACCACUUUGGUGGUACCAAUGUUGCUCUGGGUACUGCUGCAGGGAAAUUGUUCCGUGUUGGUGUCAUGACCGUCAGUGAUCAAGGCGAUUCAGAUCUACUCAACUUCGCUGAGAACAGUGCAUAAAUGGGAAUCGGGCCCUGUACACUAUGCACAUGUAUCGUAUAUAUGAGUUAUGCAUUCCAGAAUUCAUAAUUGUACAUUGCAAUUGGCACUGACAAUAUGUUAUGAUCACUGAGGAGGGUUCAGCGAUUAGCCAAUGAGACCCCAAAU